UUGGAACCUUCAAUAUAUAUAUGUGUCACUCCAAACCUCACUGACACUAACACAUUUUCCCUCUCCUUUUAAUCCCUCGCUAGCUACUAUCACCACGCGCCAUGUACGGUUACAACAGCAGCAGCACAUUUCCACGCGCUGACUACAUGCUUAACGGCCACCAUCCACCGUCGUCUCCUGACGGUGGCGCCGCCAUGCCAUCGCCAUCCUUUCAUCAAUUCCCGCCUACAGGUUACUUAACCAUUCCCGACCAGCUAGCCGGAGGGUUCGAGGUGGGUAGUAGCACUACGACUACGACGAGUAGUAGCUACGGCUCACCGAGUUCACUCGCUAGCUGCGGAACAAAUUUGAUGCAGAGAAGUAUUAGCAGCCAUUCUCUUCAAAGAAAUGGCUACCAUAACCACCAUUGUCAUUUUGCCUCUGAUUUUCUUGAUUUGGAUAGUAGCCCUGUUAGAAGGGUUUUUAGUACUGGUGAUUUGCAGCAUCAGCAUCAGCAUCAGCAUGGGCACAAGGCCGAGUCUCCAUUAUCAAGUGAGAGUAGUAUGAUAAUAGAGAGUAUGAGCAGAGCUACCAAAUACAGUCCUGAGGAGAAGAAAGAAAGAAUUGAACGAUACAGAAGCAAGAAAACACAAAGAAACUUCAACAAGAAAAUUAAGUAUGCUUGUCGGAAAACGCUGGCCGAUAGCCGGCCGCGGAUCCGGGGGCGGUUUGCGAGGAAUGAUGAAAUUGAAAAAAAUCCUCAAUGUCAGUGGAGCAAUAAUGCAAGUGGGGAAGAAGAUGAGGACUAUGAUGAUAAUUGGAUCGAUUUUCUGGAUGCAUUUUCAGCAAAUUCAAUUCCUUAAUUAACUUUGAUUUAUGAGACUCAAUUGCUUGCCUAUGUUACAAAUAUUCCUAUUAAUUUCUAAUGUUGUAAUUUUAGGUUUCGCUUA